GUACUUUGGUAUUUUUCCAAAAGGUCAAGUGGUCGAGGCUGAAAACAUAAUACGGUUGUGGAUGGCAGAAGGUUUCAUACCAAGAGGAGAAGAAUGAAUGGAGGAUGUCGCUGAAGGCUUCUUGAAUGAGCUGAAAAGACAAAGCUUGGUUCAAGUGGUAGAUACAUUCUGGGAAAAAGUUGAAGUAUGUAGUGUUCAUGAUUUUCUUAGUGAUCUUGCGAUCCAUAAGGCAUUGAAGGUAAACUUCUUUGACAUUUAUGAUCCAAUAAACCACUCCAUAUCCUCUUCAUGUAUCAGACAUGGCAUUCAUAGUCAAGAAAAAAGGUACCUCUCACUUGAUCUUUCUAACUUGAAGUUGAGGUCAAUUAUGUUCUUCAAUCUAGGAUUUCGUAACAUGAGUCAUAUAAACUUCAGUAGUGUGUUCCAACAUGUAUAUGUGUUGUACAUGGAUACUAUUGAUGGCACUUUACCUGAUGCCAUAGGAAGUUUGUACCACCUCAAAUUCCUAAGAUUGACAGGUGUUAUUCAUGAUUUACCCUCCUCCAUUGGCAGCCUUAAGAAUUUACAAACACUUUGUGUCAAAUGUAAUUUCAAACAGUUCUGCCAACUACCCCCCGAAACAGCUGACCUAAUAAAUUUAAGAUAUUUAGCUGUUCCCUAUUCAGAACCUCUGAAUCGUAUAAGAAAACUCACAAGUCUUCAAGCUCUCGAAGGCGUCUCUUGUGAUCAGUGGAAAGAUAUUGAUCCUGUUGAUUUAGUCAAUCUUCAAGAAUUAAGCAUGAUUAGUAUUACCAAAUCUUACUCCCUCAACAACAUUAGCAACUUGAAAAACCAUAACACUCUCAAGUUGUUGUGUUAUGCUGAUGAAUCAUUCCCAUCUCUUGAAUUUCUUAUUUCUUGUCAUAACCUCACGAAAUUGUUGUUAGAAGGUAGAAUAGAGAAACUGCCUUUGUUUCCAAAUUCCAUCACAAUGCUGACUCUUGUCGACUCAAAACUCAUGGAAGAUCCGAUGUUUAUUUUGGGAAUGUUGCCAAACCUAAGGAAUCUCUGUUUGUUUAGAGCUUAUCAAGGAAAAGAAAUAAUCUGCAGUGAUAACACUUUUAGUCAACUGAAGUUCCUUAGUCUUGAUUGUCUUUGGAACCUAGAAAGAUGGAAUUUAGCAACAAGUGCCAUGCCUCUGAUCAAAGCUCUUCGUAUCGAUCGCUGUCUAAAGCUGAACCAAAUUCCUGAGAGAAUGAAAGAUGUGGAGCCAUUGCCUAUUGAAGAGAAAUUAAAUGCGCUGAAGCUUUUCAACCAUAUAUGAUGUCUUAUUUCACAAUACCAAAGAGAAGAAGCUGUCACUUGAAGACGUUCACCAACAUCAACUUGGCUUCUCCAACCAUCAAUCAAGUUGGAUUAUUUCAACAUUCUGUUUUUUCAAUGUUUCUUUUUUCCUGUUUUUGGCUUGUUUUAGUGUGUGGA